AGAGCUGAAAACAGAGUGUAGAUCACCUUUCUUGGGUAGAGUUCUCUCUUCCUGGUUUGGCUUCCCCCAUCGCUGUAGAUAGAGUCUAACAGAACUCUCCCUGUGUAUUUGUCUAAAUAGACCGUGAGUGACAAGACUUUUGUCGUGACCAUUUUUCAUUACCAUUCUAGCACCUACCUCAGAGCCUUGCCCAUAAUAGAUGAGUAAUAAAUGUUGGUCAAAUGAAUACAUGCCUGUCUCCUUUCCAUUCUAUCCGCCGCUGACAAACCUCAGAGUUUUGGAGUCCGGUCCAGGCAUUGUUAGUCUUUGUUCUGUGAACUUUUGGGGAGGAAGAGUAGGGCAAGGGAAGAGAAAAAAAUUCCGUGUCCUUUCACAUCCAAUUGCCUUUGAGGAGCUGGGAAGAGAGCUAUUCACACCUGAUUAUCUUACAUCAGGUAAGUUUGCAGCCUCUGAAUUGCUAGGCAGUCGGGUGCUAGAGCUCUCUCCAGCCUGACCCGCCAGCUCUGUCUCAGCUCAGAAACCAUGAUUCCUUCCCUGCCCUUCUUGGCUGUUGGCCUCCUGUUAACCGUGGCUUUGGCCCAGACGGUCCAAUUUCAGGAAUAUGUCUUUCUCCAGUUUCUGGGCUUAGACAAAGUGCCUUCGCCCCAGAGGUUCCAACCUGUGCCUUACAUCUUGAAGAAAAUUUUCCAGGAUCGAGAGGCAGCAGCAACAAGUGUGGACUCCCGAGAUUUCUGCUACAUAAAGGAUUUUGGUGUCCGCGGGAACGUACUCCGACUUCUCCCGGAUCAAGGUCUCUUUCUUUACUCCAGGAAACUUUCCCAGGCCUCCUCUUGCCUCCAGAAGUUCCUCUACUUUAACCUGUCUGCCAUUAAAGAGAAGGAACAGUUAACAAUGGCCCAACUGGGCCUGGAUUUGGGGCCCAACACUUACUAUAAGCUGGGACCAGAACUGGAGUUGGCUCUGUUCCUGGUUCAGGAGCCUCAGGAGGGGGACCAGCCCAUCCCUAAACCGGGUAGAAUGCUUGUGUUACAGUCAGUACCACGGCCUCAAGGCGUCGUUCACUUCAACCUGCUGGAUGUGGCUAAGGAUUGGAAUAACGACUCCCAGAAGAACUUGGGUUUGUUGCUAGAGAUACUGGUCAAAGGAAACAGAGACAUUGGGGUGACUUUUCAGCUUCAGGACGCCUGUGCCAGACUGAGACAGUCCCUUCGUGCCUCCCUGCUGGUGGUGACUCUCCACCCUGAGCAGUGUCACCCUUCGUCCCGAAAAAGGAGGGAAGCCAUCCCCGCCCCGAAGGCUCCUUGCAGGAACCUCUGCCAUCGCCAUCAGCUAUUCAUCAACUUCCGGGACUUAGGGUGGCACAAGUGGAUUAUCGCUCCCAAAGGGUUCAUGGCGAACUAUUGCCACGGAGAUUGUCCUUUCUCUCUGACCACCUCCCUCAACAGCUCCAAUUAUGCUUUCAUGCAAGCCCUGAUGCAUGCAGUUGACCCAGAGAUCCCCCAGGCGGUCUGUGUCCCCACCAAGCUGUCCCCCAUUUCCAUGCUGUAUCAGGACAAUGAUGACAACGUCAUUUUACGACACUAUGAAGAAAUGGUGGUUGAUGAAUGUGGCUGUGGGUAGGCCGUCAGAAAUAGAAAAUAGGAGUGUUCUUAGGGUAAAUCUAAUAAAACUCGCGGCUUGGUCUAAGACUUCUUGGAUCUGAAAUAUCAAUGUAUUUAUGUUUACAGUUUGUCUUCUUGGAAAAUCCGUCAUC